CACCCCCACAGUGGUGCAGGUGUACAUAUAAGCGUGGUUUCCACCUGAGGAGAGAACCCAGCUUGAGUUUCCUGAGCAAAAGCCGAGCUCUGCUGCUCACAGCUCAUCCAGCCACCAUGAAGACCACGGGCUUGUUGCUGCUCUUCUCUCUGGUCCUUUUCUGCAUCUCAGUUCCAUCUACUGAUGCGCUGCAGCGUGCAUCCACCUACUGCAGGAACCACAGGACUUACAGGAAUAUGUGUACCAUGGAGUAUCUGCCCCACUGUGGCUCUGAUGGUGUCACGUACUCCAACAAAUGCAUGUUCUGCAAUGCAUACGUGAGAAGCCGUGGAGGUCUUGGCUUGAGGUCUGUUAGUGCAUGUUAAGCUAUCGACAGGAUUCAGCUGAGAAAAAGCAUCCCUCCCUGGAAAUGUUCCCCAUGGCAGAUGACUUCCUAAACCCUUGACCUGGCCCUUGAAAACCUCUUAUCAAUCCUAAAACCUCUGCUAAUAAAAAAAA